ACCUGCCUUGAAUGAAUUUGUUGGAUAUCGCCUCAACAACUGUCAAUGGUCUUCUACAUGCAUUUAUUUUCCAGAGCUGAAAAUUGCAAUAAAAAGUAUGGACAGCAUGUCGCAACAGUCUGAAGAAGACAGCUAUUUUGUAAGAGAGCUUGAUAUAAAUGCUGGAUCUGUGCUCAAAGUGAAUCAGUGUUUAAAAGGCGACGUGGGCCAUGUGGUAUGGGAUGCGGCGAUUGUUUUGGCAAAAUAUUUGGAAACAAAGGCAUUUUUAAAGUCAAAUGGGUUGGCUUCGAAACAUGUACUUGAACUGGGAGCAGGCACUGGCAUCGUAGGACUUGUGGCAGCAACAUUAGGAGCCCACGUGACUUUGACUGAUCUGGAGGACCUACAGGCUCUUCUGAAAAAGAACAUCAAUGUAAACCAGUCGCUGAUAUCCGGGUCUGCCACUGCCAAAGUACUGAAAUGGGGUGAAAAUGCUUCAGAUUUCCUCCCUCCACCCGAUAUGAUUCUUAUGGCAGACUGUAUUUAUUAUGAACAGUCUGUCGGGCCCCUUGUGGACACGUUAAAGACUCUCGCUGGGCCGGACACCUGUGUACUAUGCUGCUACGAGCAGCGCACUGAAGGAGUGAACCCGGAGAUGGAGAGAAGGUUCUUUGAGCUGCUCCUGCAACACUUCAGUUCUGAAGAGAUCCCAGCAGAGCAGCAGGACCCGGAGUACAACAGCCCUGACAUCCACCUGCUGCAUCUCAGACGCCUCUGA